AUGCCGGUGGCCGAGGCACCUGCCCAGCCCCGAGAGCUGCGUGGCAUCCCGCGUGACAGAGGAGGAGACCAGCGCAGUGGUGGGGUCACUGAGGCCAGCAGCCUCCUGGGGGGCUCACCGCGGCGUCCGUGUGGCCGGAAGGGCUCGCCAUAUCACACGGGGCAGCUGCACCCCGCAGUGCGCGUGGCCGACCUCCUGCAGCACAUCAACCAGAUGAAGACGGCCGAGGGCUAUGGCUUCAAGCAGGAGUACGAGGGCUUCUUUGAAGGCUGGGAUGCCAUGAGGAAGAAACCGUCUCAGAGACCCAUGCCUGAGAGUCCUGAGGGAGGGCCUGAAGCCUAG